AUGAAGCAGAACAAUGCUGCAGCAAGGAAUGCCAAAAAGAAAAGCCCUCCAAGGGACACGAAAACAAUAAUGAUGGUAGCAUGGUGCCCAGGAGUAGGAGGUGGUGGCAAUGGUGGAGUUGGGGCAUGUGGAGGUGGUGGUUUUAUUGCUGGUGUUGGUGGAGGCAAUGGGUGUGGGGGUGGUCUUGGAGGAGGCGUUGAAGGUUUUACUGGUGAUGGAGGUGGUUUGGGUUUUGGUGAUGGAGGAGGGUUUGAGGGCUUGGACGGAGAAGGAGGUGGUUUAGGUUUCGGUGUUGGAGGAGGAUUUGAGGGCUUUGUCGGGGAAGGAGGUGGUUUAGGUUUCGGUGUUGGGGGGGGAUUUGAUGGCUUCGUUGGUGAAGGAGGAGGUUUAGGUUUCGGUGUUGGAGGGGGAUUCAAGGGCUUUGUUGGUGAAGGAGACGGUUUAGGUAUCGGUGAUGGAGGAGGAGUUGAGGGCUUUGCAGGUGAUGGAGGUGGUUUUGGUAUUGGUGUUGGAGGAGGGUUCAAGGGUUUUGUAGGUGAUGGAGGUGUGAUUGGCUUUGGUGGGAAAAAGGGAUUAAAUGGAGGUGGAAGAUUUGGCGGGAGCGGAAAAGAAUUUGUUCUUUCACCUUUCACUCUUGCUUAUGACAUUGCUGGUUCUGCCCCUCGUGGCUUUGGAAUUCCCAAAUUCAUCUCUCAAGUUUCUUAUUCUGCCAUUUUUAAAAUUGAAAUGAAUGGAGAAGAAGAAAUCAUGAAGACCAUCGAUCUAUUGGUUCAUGACAACGACCCCAAUCUUUUGAUAUUAAGGUUUGGCGUUGUUGUAAGAAAAGGGGCUAAAGAAGCCACAUGUAAGAUGCAAUAUAAUGAAGAUUAA